CCUAGCUAUGGAACCAUAUCACUACCAAGCCGUGUAUGACCCACGCGGUUUCCCCAUGAUCCACCCGCAGCCCUACCUCCACCACCCGGCGGCGGCCGGCGCCCUCAGCGACAGCAGGGUGCGCGGCGGCGGCGGAGGCGGAGGCGUGCGGCGGCGCCCCGGGGCAAAGCUCUCGACGGACCCGCAGAGCGUGGCGGCGCGCGAGCGGCGGCACCGGAUCAGCGACCGCUUCCGCGUGCUCCGCAGCCUCGUCCCCGGCGGCAGCAAGAUGGACACGGUGUCUAUGCUGGAGCAGGCCAUCCACUACGUCAAGUUCCUCAAGGCGCAGGUCAGCCUGCACCAGGCCGCGCUCAUGCAGCACGAGGAAGGAUGCCCUGCGGAGCUCGCCGCCGCGUACUCCGCCGUGGCUGGAGCCGGCGAGGUGACGCUCGCAUCAUCAAGCUGCCGGGCCGGCGCAUGUGAGGAGGUGGUGAUGAUGCAGCUCCAGCAGGUCCCGCUGCCGGAAGCGAUGAGCUACGAUGUCGGUGCUCCUCGGCUGCACGGGCUCGACCCAGGGCUGCAGAUGAGUGGUGGGCACGAGCUGCCUCCGCUGCCUUCUUGCGUCUUCGUCGAGGAGUCUGCGGCCUGCGGCUACUCUGUGUGUGACCUCGACGAGGGGGAGACUGAUCUGCACGGAUCCUAUUAGCAUAAGUAAUUAAGUAGCCAGUAGCGGUGUAGUUAGUAGGGAUCCCUAGUUAGUAAGGUAGCUUCCGUACGUUCGUGUCUGCUAGUAGUAUCUCCACGGAGAGCAAAGCCUAAUCAAGCGCAUUCCAUGAAUUACCUGUCAGUCGAAUAGUAUUCUCAGAGCAUGCAACAAGCAUGGCUUCUCUGUACUUCUGCUACUCUGUUGAUCAAUGAUCACAGACGAAAGACCGCAGCCGCAUCCAUGUUUCCUAUAUAUCUAGCUAGCUAGUUUCUUCUUGUGGAUCAGCUUGUAUGCUAGCUUAAUAUGUCG